AUGAAAAAGCCAUUUGCCCGAGGUCACGCCCAUAUUGUCAGCUCUGGAGACCGUGAAAGGCUUUCAAAUGACGCUCAAAAUUUUGCAACGUUCUAAAAAAUGGCAUAUCUUAACCCAAAAAAAUCCAAUUUUUUUCAGAUCUCCACGUGGUUCGGCUCGGUUGAAUACGAGGAUCGUUCGGUACGAAUCUCCGUCGUCGCGGCCAUCAAAGCGACUUCCGGCGGCGAAGACGUCGUCGAAAUGGCCGACGUCAUCGAGAACGUCGUCUGCACGAACCUCCACGUGGCGAUCCUCCUGAAAAGCGGCGAAAUUCGCGUCCGACGCGCCGACGACGUCGGAAACGUGCCGAAAGUGGUCGAUUUGAAGAAGCAAGGACAGAAGAUUCUCGUGGCGAACGACCACGAAAUCUAUGCGGUCAUCGGCUCGGAAAUCUACCGCAUUUGGGUAGACGCGCACGGGGAAUCACGGCCGAAACGCGCGAUUCGGUUCCCUCCGCGCACGGCGAGAAUCGUGGCGGCCGACGGAGGACACGAGCACACCGUCUACCUGGAUGAGCACGGAAACGUGUACACGAUGGGCACCGGCACGUGAGUGGGAUUCAUUAGCAAAAAAAACCGGAGAAAAAUUGAACAUUUCGACGGUUCUAACGAGAUAUCCGUAAAUAUCACCGCGUUUUUCCAUUUUUCAAUAAUCGAUUUGGUUGAAAAUACGAUUUUUGCGCUAAUUUUGCCAAAAUCGAUUAUGGGCCUAUUCAGGGGAUGAAAAAAUGAUUGUUUUCCGUUUUUUUCCCUAUUCAGCGAUGUCAAAAAAUGGAAAAAAACGGAAAGAAAUGCAUCGCUCGCAGCGUUUUUUUCCGGCGGGUCUCGCAGCGAUUUCCCGGACGCGAUGCAUGCGGCUACUGUAAGUGGCGUUUAAUGAGUGGAUUUACGAGAAGGGGAGGAGUUAUUUUUCUAAUUUUUCAGCGAAAUUGCCACGUUUUACCGCUUUUUUCAACCGAUUUUCAACGGAAUUUCAGUUCUUAUUUAUCUGUUAUGGUAACUGAUGCGAAAUUGCCAAGUUUACCGCUAUUUCCGACCGAUAUCGCUUGAAUUUUAUCGUUUUCAGGCCGUGAUUGUAACUCGUUCGAAUCUGCCACGUUUUACCGCUGUUUCCGACUGAGUUCGCUUGAAAUAAGUUUUUAUAGGGUAAACAUGGACGACGAUGAGUUGCACGAGAAUCCCGAGAAGGUUCCCCCUCCGACGCUUAUUGAACGGGAGAGCGCGGAUAGAAGAAGUGGAAGAAAAUCAAAUUUACAUUUAUUACAUUUAUUAUGCUGGAUUUUUUAUCUUUACCACUAAAAUUUUCUUUUUUUUGGAUAGUUUCGAGUGCCUCGUCAUAUCGUUCAAAACGUUGAGCUUUUGGUGAAAAUCGGUUCAAAAUAGCGGGGAAACGUGCCAAUUUUGCUGAAAUUCGCUGAAGAAAGCUGUAAUUUCGCUGAAAAAUCAGUAACAUUUUCGAAAAUCCUCCCCUUCUCGUAAAUCCACUCAUUAAACGCCACUUACAGUAGCCGCAUGCAUCGCGUUCGGGAAAUCGCUGCGAGACCCGCCGGAAAAAAACGCUGCGAGCGAUGCAUUUCUUUCCGUUUUUUUCCAUUUUUUGACAUCGCUGAAUAGGGAAAAAAACGGAAAACAAUCAUUUUUUCAUCCCCUGAAUAGGCCCAUUAAAUCGAUUGAAUUAGUUGGAAUAUCGAAGCAGAAUUCGAACAAACGUCGUUUUUUCAGAGGGUCAAUAGCGAUUUUGGGUCGUUGCUUGUAGAAAUCCUUCUGAAAACUCCUUCUCAAUUUUCAGGCGCGGCGAACUGGGCAUCGGAUCGAAUGUGUACGAGGCGGGGACGCCGGCGCUCGUGGAUUUGCUUGCCGGCAUCCGAGUGACGAAGGUGGUGUGCGGCGGAUGGCACACGACAGUUCUGACGGCCGACGGAGACGCCUACACGUGGGGAUGGAACCGAUACGGGCAGUGCGGCAGCGACAAGGCACGUGUGUUUGCGCUCUUUUUUUGUUCUUCAGAGUGAGAAUGAACAAAACGUUCCAGGGACUUUAGAUGCGCGGCUUUCAUAGUGAAUGUGUUCAUUAUGAUCAAAACUAACAAAGAGCAACAAGAAACUCGCAAAAAUGUCUAUAGGUCACUGCGAAAAUAGCUUUUUUCGAAAUAUGGCCGUUUCGCGCGCGCUUUUUGUGUCUCUUUGUUAGUUUUGAUCGUUAUGGACUCGUUCACUAUGACAAUCAAUAAGAUGAAUCAGUACUCUGAAAAUCGCCGUCCGCCGCCCGCGCGCGCGUUGCCAAAAAAUUAGGAAAAAUCAAUCAGUAUUUUUCGAAGUUUUCUGAAGUUUUGGCGCGCGGGCGGCCAGCAAAGUCAGGCAAAAUCACCGCGUGCCUAAAGCUCUGUUUUGAUAGUCCAAAAUUGAAAAAAAAACAGUGAGCGGUAAGUAGAAACAAUGGAAAAAAGGCAAGAAAUGAAUAAUAAUAGACACCUCGUUUCAGGAAGCGAUCUUACAUUUGCCGGAACCGAUCGAUCCGCAAGACGAUUUGGGAAGCGAGUCGGAUCGGAUCGACGACGUCGCCGCUUCGGAAUACUCGACCCGAUUCACGGUGAAACCCGACGAGGACGGCGACGAAACGACGGAAUUCGUGCUCGGCUCCGAUCGUGUUCCGAUCAACGAUUUCGGCGAGCAAGAAUAG